AUGUUAUCACCGCCACGUCUGCGAGCCGCCGACGACAAACAUCCCCAGACGCAGCACGGCGCGCACUCGCCAUCGCCGCCUGUGCCUGGGCCCCUGCCACCGCCUUCGCCACCCCCGUCACACUCGUCGCAUGCGCCCUCGCCAGUAGCAGCAGCAACACCAUCUCCACCGCUCUCGCCUCUUUCGUAUUCAGCAUAUAACACCGUCUUGCACACCCUGCACUCCCAUUUUCGCAGUCUUCCCGAGCAAGGCGCAAAUCAACACCAGGAAUUCAGCCUUCCGUACCCCGCCUUUGAGCGCCUCUACCAGCGAUACCUCGACCCAGACUCACGACAGCCAGCGACAGAAUUCGACCACUGGUGUGCGCAGAAGCUGCGAUGGGAUUACGAUCCCGAGCGGGAGAAAGUGGUUCUGCGAAUGCCCAAUGCUAUCCACGAGGUCUUGAUUGAGCGGGUUCGCGGCGCGAUUUGGCAAGGGAAGGAGGAGCUGGCGAGUGAACUGGAGAAGAGCCAUAACGAAAGAGCCUGCGCCGAGGUCGCCCACACCGAUGUCAGUGGCGGAGAUGCUUCUGGGAAUGGCAGUGGCAGUGGCAGCGGCAGCGGCAGCGACAAGGUCGAAGGAUGCCGCUUGCCUGUCGCAGCCGCUCUAACAGCAGAGCUCCGGAAUGUCGACUCGACGGGCAGCACGAACUUGAGAUUUACGAACGAAAGCGGCGCACAACCUAACAGAUACGAAUACAGCCCCGACGCGACGUUCACACAUCAAGACGCACCAUAUCCAGCCCUGGUUCUUGAGGUAGCGUACUCGCAGUCGUCCAAGAGCCUCAAAAACCUCGCAUACGACUACAUCGAGAGGUCCGAAUGCCACAUUGCUUGCGUGGUUGGCAUCCAGCUUUCAUACAACGAACCUAGCAAGGGAGGCGCACUCGAUUCAAAGCGCGAUCAGACUGCGAACUUCAGCAUCUGGCGGUCAGCGCUUGACGAGAAUGGUGAUGGCUACUGCGAGUGUGUCUGUGACAGCGUCUUGUUCCGAGAGGCGGAUGGCACUCUGCUAGCCGAUGCCCCGCCUAUCGAGCUCCGCGUUUCCGAUAUCAUCCCGUCAUCGAUUCUGGAUGAUUGCUGCCCUCCAGAUCACGAGCUUCGAGGCGCUUUGUUCGCCACCAUCACUCCGAUACAACUCGGCGAAUUUCUCGAACGGGCUGAGAAGCACCAGAAAAGCCGGAGAAGGCGUCCUGCGCGCCAAUACGGACAGGCGGGGCAACGCAGGACAAGAAAGAGGCAGCGCACUCCAGAAGAGGAGCUUUCUGAUGAUCGAGAAGGCAAGUACAAGCGACUCGAGGAUGCGGCCUGGGCUCGCGAGAAGCAGGAAGACGGAACAUACACCGGACGACGUACUCGAGAAGCACCAGAUGCGUCGACAGCUGAGCCUACCCUGCAGCUGCGAACGAGUCAACGCUUGAAAGAGAAGUAUAGGGAGGGAUGAGGUGAGGGAAGCAAAGAGAGAGAAGGGGUGAGAGAGAAACAAGGUAGUAGAGAAGCAAGGUGGUAGAGAAGCAAGGUGAGAGAGAAGCGAGGUAAGAGAGAAGCAAGGGCAGAGAUGAGGUAGCAGAUCGGCACACGUUCAUCAGUAUACGCCUCCAAAUUG